GUUGGUUGAGUCCGGGGUUCCAGUAGAACCAAGAUGGCGGAGGGAGCAGCGACGCGCUGAAGUUGACUUUUAACUCCCGAACGUUCGAGACGUCGACGCGCUGCCUUCCCCGGCUCGGACCUCCGCCUGCCGAGAAGCGACGUCGGCAAACGCCUGCAACCCCCCCCCGACGGACCCCCUCAUGUCGUGACACCCGUCCCAGCGGCGGAAGCUACUCCUCCAGAGAGUAGCGGCGGUAGCCUCGGCAGCUAGCCGGAGCGCUACUACCAACCCCAGCGGUUACAGGGAGACUGACGUCUGCACUGGGAAGAAGCGUCACCCUCCUCCUCCUCCUCCUCCUCAUCCUCAUCCUCAUCCCGCGGAUGUGCCAGCGCCGCGCGGGUAACAGAGCCCGGAGACGAGCAGGCCGAGGCCGCAGGUGUGUUCCGCGGGUACAUGUGUGUUUUUCUGGGAUGUCCAGGCCAGGUGGCCUGAGGGGGUUCCACCCCGAAGCGCAGACCACCAACACAGCUGCCCCCACCGCCGAGAGACUACGCAAGCUACUCUGCAGAGGGACACAUCCACAUGUAGGGUCACCUGCACGGCUGCUGGAAACAGAGAAGUGACCCAGCGGCAAAGCGGCUGAGGAUGAACUUUGGACCCAACUGGUCCACGGACGGAGAUCACCUGUGUCGGCGUUAGGAUAUUCAAUCAGCAUUCUACAUUCCAUCCAUCAGAUAAUCCUCUCUCCCUUCCGUUCAGUCAUCUGAGGGUUUUCUUGUGCUGCAGAGCUAGAAGUGUAGAGCAGGUAAUGGAUGAUGCUGGCCAUGGUGACCUAGUGUAAAUGGCUGUUCCUCAGCACAGCUCAGUGCCAGUGUCUACAGCUCGAGCGUCCUCCUCCGCUCCCCCCCGCUCCACCUCUCUGCCCUCUUUGCCUGUUCUCCACUGCUGCUUGCUGCCCAGUCCUGCCCCCCCUCUCCAACACCAUGGUAGGUGCAGGUUUGGGCGUGUGGAAACUAAUGCGAGGAGUCCGCCAGCUGGAGCUUCACCGCCUCAUCCUGGCACUGAUCGUCUUCUGCUUGCUGUCCAUGGCCUUCCUAGCUUACUACGUCUCCAACAGCCCCAAGAUCAAGGAGGCUCCCCCUUUACCCUUUAGUGACUGUGGCGGCGGCGGAGGAGGAGGGAUGUCACCGGGAGCCAGUACCGGAGCCGAUGGAGGAGACCCAGGCGGCCAGAGGUCACCACUUUUCCUUCCACUGCGCCAGGGCCGACUACGGCAGGUAAAGGCGAUGGACAACUCCCGGACAGAGCCUGUGGUUCUGGUGUUUGUGGAAAGCAUCUACUCCCAGCUCGGCCAGGAGAUCGUCGCCAUAUUAGAGUCCAGCCGCUUCCACUACCGGACAGAGAUCGCUCCCGGUAAAGGUGACAUGCCCACAUUGACGGAGCACAACCGCGGACGCUACACGCUCAUCAUCUAUGAAAAUUUGUUGAAGUACGUCAAUCUGGACGCGUGGAACCGGGACUUGCUGGACAAGUAUUGUGCCGAGUAUGGAGUGGGUGUCAUCGGCUUCUACAAAGCUCACGAAAACUCCCUUCUCAGCGCACAGCUCAAAGGGUUCCCCCUCUUUCUGCACUCGCACCUCGGACUCAGGGACUACCGCAUCAACCCCAGUGCUCCCCUGCUCUACAUCACCAAGCCCAACCAGGUGGAGCAGGGCCCUUUACCAGGGGACGACUGGACCGUUUUCCAGUCUAACCACUCUACGUAUGAACCGGUGCUUCUGGCCAGCACCAAGUCCUCUGAGGCACUGGCUCAUUUUGGACCCAGCCACCUGCGGGCCCUCCACGCGACAGUGGUCCAGGACUUGGGCCUCCACGACGGCAUUCAAAGAGUUCUCUUCGGGAACAAUCUCAACUACUGGCUUCACAAGCUCGUGUUUGUCGACGCCAUCGCCUACCUGACGGGGAAGAGGCUGUGCUUGUCCCUGGACCGCCACAUCCUGGUGGACGUGGACGACAUAUUCGUUGGCAAGGAGGGAACCCGGAUGAAGGUGUCAGACGUGGAGGCGUUGCUCAACACUCAAAACAAACUUAGAGCGCUGGUCCCGAAUUUCACUUUCAACUUGGGCUUUUCUGGAAAGUUUUAUCACACAGGUACCGAUGAGGAGGAUCGGGGCGAUGACAUGCUGCUACAACACAGGAUGGACUUCUGGUGGUUCCCUCACAUGUGGAGCCACAUGCAGCCUCACCUCUUCCACAACGUCAGUGUCCUGGCCGAGCAGAUGAGGCUCAACAAGAUCUUCGCUCAGGAGCACGGCAUCCCAACAGACAUGGGCUACGCCGUGGCUCCGCACCAUUCGGGGGUCUACCCAGUUCACAGCCAGCUCUACGAGGCCUGGAAGUCCGUGUGGGACAUCAAGGUGACCAGCACAGAGGAAUACCCCCACCUGAGGCCGGCUCGAUACCGCCGGGGCUUCAUCCACAACGGGAUCAGGGUGUUGCCCAGGCAGACCUGUGGGCUGUUCACCCACACAAUCUUCUACAACGAAUAUCCAGGAGGCUCAAAGGAGCUGGACAAGAGCAUCCGAGGAGGGGAGCUCUUCCUCACCGUCCUCCUGAACCCUAUCAGUAUCUUCAUGACCCACCUGUCCAAUUACGGCAAUGACCGGCUGGGCCUCUACACCUUCGAGUCUCUGGUUAAGUUUGUCCAGUGUUGGACGAACCUCCGGCUGCAGACGCUGCCCCCUGUGCAGCUCGCAGAAAAAUACUUCCAGAUCUUCCCUGAGGAGAGAGACCCGCUCUGGCAGAAUCCUUGUCACGACAAAAGACACAAAGACAUCUGGUCUAAAGAAAAGACAUGUGACCGACUCCCCAGGUUCCUAGUCAUCGGACCACAAAAAACAGGCACGACUGCGCUUCAUUCAUUCCUGAGCCUCCACCCAGCCAUCACCAGCUCCUUCCCCAGCCCCAUGACCUUCGAGGAGAUCCAGUUCUUCAGUGGAGCGAAUUAUGACAAUGGGAUCGACUGGUACAUGGACUUCUUCCCAUUCCCCUCUAAUGUCAGCACAGAUUUCAUGUUUGAGAAGAGUGCCAACUACUUUGACACGGAGGUGGCUCCGAAGAGAGCCGCCGCACUGCUACCUAGAGCCAAAAUCCUGGCUGUGCUCAUCAACCCGUCAGACAGAGCGUACUCCUGGUAUCAGCACCAGAGGGCCCACCAGGAUCCCGCAGCCCUCAACAACACUUUCCAUUUAGUGAUGAAGGCAGACCCCUCUGCCCCCAAGGACCUGCAGGCCCUUCAGAGACGCUGCCUUAAUCCCGGGGCCUACGCUACUCAUCUGGAGCACUGGCUGCUACACUACCAGCCCAACCAGUUGCACAUCGUGGACGGGGCCCUGCUACGCUCCAACCCGGCACUGGUGAUGGAGGGAAUCCAGAGGUUCCUGGGUGUCACUCCCAUCUUCAACUACACCCAGGCACUAAUGUACGAUGACAGCAAAGGUUUCUGGUGUCAGCGGGUGGAAGGAGGUCGAGCCAAAUGUCUGGGGAAGAGUAAAGGCAGGAAGUACCCAGAGAUGAGUCCUGAGUCGCGUGCCUUUCUGGCCGAGUACUACCGUGAGCACAACAUGGAGCUGCUUCGACUGCUGAACCGACUGGGCCAACCGCUGCCGUCCUGGCUCCGCCAAGAACUCCAGAGCACCAGCUGGAGCUGAGGCCAUGGGCUCACAGACAGACAGACGGACGGACACACUGCACAGAAGCCGGGACUGAAGUCUGUGGAUGAGCCAACCCCUCUUGGCUUUGGAUUAGCCUGGACUACCUAAUCUAGAAUUCCACAGCUGCACACACUAAAUGAGAGCUGCGAGGUGGUUUCAGCCGACGUCCCUGGUGCCCCUGCGAGCACCCUGGAAGUGGAGAAGGAUCCCGGUGGACUCUUCCUCCCGACCACCCCCUCUCAGCUCCUGAUUUGUUGCCGACCCUGGUGUGAGCGCUGGGCAGCCGUCACCCUCUGUUUGUGUGUGUGUGUGGGGACGAGGACGGGGGGCUAACGCUGCACACAUCACUUUGCCGUUGAUCCAGAGGGACUGGGUGACCAGCAGGUCUGAGGCAUAACGAACGGAUCAGAUCAGAUCAGAUCAGACCGCCUUAAUGUGAGGAGAGAAACUCGACAGGACGAGAGCGUGCAGGUGUGAGAAGUGUGAGUGUGACAGGACGCAGGACUAACAUGCACAAACACACACACACGCACGUACGUCUCAUUCCUCCACGAGAAUGAUUGUAAAGCAGUUACGUUUUCAAAAGCAAUUGUAUAUGUUAGGUUGGGGAAGGGGAGCAGCUGGGAAACAGUACAGACAGACAGACAGAGAGUCCAUAUCCUGGUGCAGAGUUCUCUGACACACAUGUACCUGCCAGUCGGACCAGCAGUCAGGAUGCUGCGUCCUUCUUUCCUCACCAUUUCAAGCGCCUGAGACGAUAGUCAAUAUGACGACAGGUCAGUGUAAAUAUCCAUGUUUUAGUUUUGGUCUAGGCUGUAUUGAUGGAAAAGGUUGACUGUAAAUUUACACAUUAUAUUUGUCUAUAUAGACGAACGCUACCCUAAAGCAACAUGCUGGUGAUCUGAUAUUGAACUUAUAUUAAGUGGAACUCACGAGGGAUACAUUGAUUUUAUACAAAUUUUAAAAGCAGGAUAUUCUGAGAUAUUCUGGCAUUUAGUCCCUGCUGUGGUUUAAGCCCAAAAACACUACAUUGCCCAUAAUGCAACUGGGCUUGAUCUUGUCAUUUAGAUGUAUCCAUCCUGAAACCAAAUUUCUCAAAUUCCAAUGUCCCCUGACAUUGUUCUGGCAUCAUAACAGUUAUUAUCUAGGAUGAACCAUAACAUGUGCGUUGUCAUGUUAAGAGCAAAGUUGUGUUCUUUAAUUUUGUCCACACUAAAAAAAAAAAGAAGUGUUUUCCCGAUUUUAACAGUGAGGAGCAGAAAUUCUGACAUGAUGUGAUGAUGAGACACAGUGCUGGACCAGAGCUAUUUAAAACCUAAGAGUGGGUUGAGUUUGACUGUGAGAGAGGUGGAAUAAUCUCCUCGGUACAGGAAGAAGAAAUCACCUGUCCGAUAUCUUCUAAUAAACCAAAACAAGAGUAUUAAAUACACACGUCACCCAUCCGAACACAGGAAGCCGCAAAACGCCACAGGGACGAGAGAACGUGCAUCAGAGCCGGAAUGGAAACUAAUCAGAAGCUGCUGUCUUUCCUGUUUGUUUUGUAUAAAUGUCCAAAAAAAAAAAGGCCAACAACAGUAUCAUCUCUAAUAAAACAGAGAGGUUGGAAAUGA